GGUUGGCCCUGCCUUCCCACCAGGUGCUCAAUCACUGCCUCAAGCUGUGACUGACCAUUGCCGCACAGCCCUGCAAAACUGCAGCUGCGCCCCAGCCUUUAUCUCAGACAUGACAAAGGAAGAAGAGCACAGACUUGAGGCAGUGCAACUUGUGCUUUAAUGACCCACGGAGCGCUGGCUGUGCCGUAUCCAGCAGAUUUUUAACAAAACCCCACUGAAGUCAUGGUGGAGAGCCGGGUGCUCAGCUGGGGACAUGGAUUGUCUGGUGACAUCACAAGCACGGUGACAUCACAAGCACGGUGACAUCACAAGCACUGUGCUUGGGGCUGUGGCUGCCACCAGUGAGUGCCACAGCCGUGAGCGCUGCGCAGGAGUGUGGACACGCCGCGUAAGCUCUCGUCCCGGCUGGCAGUGAGAGUGGUGUUGGCUGACGGGUGCUGCCCGCUCUUGCUGACGGUGUUGCUCAGCCAUUGGGCUGGUGUGUGAACUGGAAGGGAGAAGGACUGCAGCUGUUCCUGGUAAGCCAGAACUGUAGGUUCGUCAAACGUGUGAGUCGUACCAGUGCAUCCAUUGCAGCUGCAGCAAGAGGAGAAGAUGAAGGGAGUCAUUUUCAUGUCAGGAACGCAAAAUGUGUGCUGCUAGGUGUAUAACUGGUGACAGUGCUUGCUGGGAGAAGUCGUGGCAGUAGUUAGACACAAGUUGGAUCUAGACUUGGCACAGUUCUUGCAACCAGCUGCUUCUGAGACACUGCCCUCCUCCAGAGUUCAUACGGCAUAAAAGAAGAAAGCUGGAAAACGCUUAUUCCUCAUGAUUCUUCCCUUGUUGAUGCCUUCUCUAGGGUUCCUGUCCGAGAGGACAUUUUGUGGAUCCAAGCAGCUCCGGACUGCAGCCGGCUCUUUCCAAGAGCGGGGAAUUCCUUUGGAGACAGCCCAACCUUGCUCUAAGAAGUUCCCCAUGGCUCUGCAAGGAGACGACUGCUACUUCUAUUUCAACUCCGUCUGUCUUAAGGGAGACAGCUGUCCCUUCCGCCACUGUGAAGCGGCUCUGGGGAGCGAACGAGUCUGCCGACUGUGGAUACAGGGCUGCUGUUUCCGGAAUGACUGCAAGUUCAGACACAUGAAAAUUGAAAAGAAGCGCAGUGAGGUUCGCUGCUACUGGGAGAAUCAGCCGGGAGGCUGUCAGAAACCCCACUGCCGUUUUCUUCAUUUGAAGGAACGCGGUGGGAACGGACCGACCGUACCACCAAGCAACGAAGCUGACACAAGUGGCCUUCCUCUGACCAGCGGCCUCGCAGAAAGUCUGGAGAACCAGACAGAGGUUGAGAAGGCACCAGAGAGAGGUGACAUCCCAACUUCCUCUCAUGGACCAGCUGCGCAAAAACGCAAGCAAUCUGAGGAGGAGGAGGACAUAGUAGAGGAGCUGCCGUGCAAGAAAAGAGUCAAGGCUGGACGCAAGGUGCGCAGGAGGCCUAUUGACUGGAAAACCACCUUCCCCACAAUGCGGAGACUGAAACGGAAAGCAGCAGAGAUGCAACCGUCUGCUGCUGAGGACACUGAUGAGCCCCCAGCCAGAAAACUACCUAUGGCGAUCCUUGCUUCAGUCCCGCCCGAGUACACCCUGGUCAGCGUUGAAGUCCUAAAACUUCCAAGCAGUCUGGAACUGCUUUCGGGAGGCCAGGCAGACUCUGUGGCACAGUCAGAGAUCCCACACUCAACAUCCCGUGCCACGCAAGAAGCAGACCAGGCGCAACAGCUGAGCUGCACAGAGGUGGGGAAAGAACUCUUCUCUGAGGAUGAGGAUCUCGAGAAGUUCCUGAUGGAAGUCACAGAAGAAGAACUGGAAGCAGAAAUUGAUGAUGACGCUGUGGAUAUAGAUGAGCUCCUAAUGGAGCUCUGAGACCAACAACAUUUCAACAUCAUAGUCUGAUUGAAUAUUUUAAGACAACAACAACAACCAUCAAUUAAAACCAACCCUAUUCCUUUUCAA